CGGCCCCCUCUUGCCACCCUCAUCUCUCAACCAAUUCGGCUGUGCGGUCCAGACGCAGAGAGAGAGAGAGAGAGAGGAUGUCGUGGUUAUUGUCGUGCUGUGCGUCUUGUACUUCCGGUCUAUGCAGUGCUGUGGCUUCUGGGAUCUCCGGACGCUCGGCCAGGAUUGCUUACUGUGGCUUGUUUGGUGCUUCCCUUAUCGUCUCAUGGAUUCUCAGGGAGGUUGCAGCUCCGGUCAUGGAGGAGAUCCCAUUUAAAUGUUUCUCCUUGUCUCUCACAGAAUAAGUCAGCAAUUUCAGUAGGCAAACCUCAUAGCUUGCAAUAGUGUUAUCCUACUUUGAAUUUGUCUUGCUUUCCCUUCUGAAGAUCAAUGGCAACUCCACUGUCGCUUACAAUAGAACCACACUGUUUAUAUGGUGGAUCCAUCAAAAUGGCAAAGUUGGCAACUGCCACCAGUUAUUAUGCGCCAAAUAAAUGCAUUCACAGGGUGAGGAGAAUUGACAUGGGAAGAAGCCAAAGCCAUGGCUGCUUGAGAGAUAUAACCAAAAAUGCUCAGUGGUAUCAUAAUCUCAAAAUCUUUGCUUCAUCACCAAGUUCUGUUGAUCAAACCCGACCAAGUUUGGGUACAUUUACCAAGACUGAGGAAGUAGAGAAGCCAUUGACUUAUUUAUUUAGAACAGAAAUUGGUGGUCAGGUAAAGAUAACUGUUGGAAGGAAGAAUACAAAUUAUACAGUGUGUAUUGAAGUUUCAUCCUUACCACAGUGUAAUACUGAGGAUAAGUUGUUCCUGAACUGGGGCAUUUUCAGAUCUGAUUCAUCAUGUUUGACGCUUCCAGGCUCCCAAGUUUCAGCUCCAGAAACCCAUUCCAGUACCAUGGAAACCCCUCUCAUGCAGAAAUCUUCAGGCAGACAUUUCCUACAGCUUGAAUUCGAAUCAAAUCAAGCCCCUUUCUAUCUAUCAUUCAUGCUCCUUUUUUCAUCUAAUACUGCUACCAAUAAUUCAGAGAUAAGAAGUCAUAGGAAAACAAACUUUUGUGUGCCUGUUGGUAUCAGUUCAGGGCACCCUGCACCGUUGGGUAUCUCCUUCUCUGAUGAUGGAUCAGUGAAUUUUUCUCUGUUUUCUAGGAAUGCUGAAAGUGUAGUUCUUUGUUUGUAUGAUGAGAAGUCAGACCAACCUUCCCUAGAGAUUGAUUUAGAUCCAUACAUUAAUCGAACAGGCAAUAUUUGGCAUGUCUCAAUGGAAAGUGUGGCUCCAUAUGUCAGCUAUGGUUAUCGAUGCAAAGGAGAUAUUCAUUUGAAAAAAGGAGAUAGAUUUGAUGCCCGCAAUGUUCUUUUAGACCCAUAUGCUAAGAUUCUUUCAAGCUCACUUCCAAAUCAUUCAGAGACCCAUUCACCUCCGAAACGUCUUGGACACUUAUGCAAGAUACCAACUUUUGAUUGGAGUGGUGAUAUCCGCCCUUGCUUGGAAAUAGAAGAACUAGUGGUUUAUCGGUUAAAUGUGAGACGUUUCACUGAGGACAAGUCCUGCCAGUUACCUGCUGAUGUUUUAGGCACCUUUUCUGGUCUGAUUGAGAAAUUACACCACUUUAAAAGUCUCGGUGUGAAUGCAGUCUUAUUAGAGCCAGUGUUCUCCUUUGGUGAGCAAAACGGGCCCUAUUUUCCAUACCAUUUCUUUUCAGCAUCAGACUUAUAUGGGCCCUCCUAUGAUAAUGUAUCUACCAUUAAUUCUAUGAAGGAGAUGAUAAAAAGACUGCAUGCCAAUGGCAUAGAGGUUUUACUUGAAGUUGUUUUCACUCAUGCUGCAGAAGGUGGUGAUUCUUCUUUUCAAACAAUAUCAUUCCGAGGAAUUGAUAAUUCUUCUUAUUAUAUACUUAAUGGAGACACACAAUUGGGUACCAGAAAUGCUUUGAACUGCAACAAUCCUAUUGUCCAACGGAUGAUUCUGGAUAUCCUUCAGUAUUGGGUUACAGAAUUUCACAUAGAUGGAUUCUGCUUUAUGAAUGCUUCUUCUCUUUUGAGAGGGCUAAAUGGUGAGUACUUAUCUCGGCCUCCUUUGGUUGAGGCCAUUGCUUUUGAUCCACUACUCUCUAAGACAAAGAUUAUAGCAGACUGCUGGGACCCAUGUGAAAUGGUAACAAGGGACAUCCGUUUCCCUCAUUGGAAGAGAUGGGCAGAAGUUAAUAAUAGAUUUUGUCAUGAUAUAAGAAAAUUUUUGAGGGGUGAGGGUCUCCUUAGUGACCUAGCAACUCGACUGUGUGGGAGUGGAGACAUCUUUUUGGAUGGACGGGGACCUGCAUUCUCUUUUAAUUUUAUUGCAAGGAACUUUGGACUUCCUCUCGUGGACUUGGUCAGCUUCAGUGGCAAUGAAGUUUCUUCAGAGUUGAGUUGGAACUGUGGCGAAGAAGGUGCAACAAAUAAUACUGUUGUCCUUGAAAGACGUCUAAAACAGAUCCGCAAUUUUCUCUUCAUUUUGUACAUCUCAUUUGGUGUUCCUAUUCUUAAUAUGGGUGACGAGUGUGGUCAAUCUUCCAGUGGCUCUACUUCAUAUGGUGACAGGAAGCCUUUUGAUUGGACUGCUCUAAGGACAGGUUUUGCUAUUCAAACAACGGAGUUUAUUGCUUUUCUUAGUUCACUUAGAACAAGGAGAAGUGAUCUCCUUCAAAAGAGGAACUUCCUGAAGGUAGAAAAUAUAGAGUGGUAUGGAAGCAACCAGUCUCAGCCAAGAUGGGAAGACCCAUCAAGCAAAUUCCUGGCCCUGAGAUUGAAGUCAGACAUAGAUAACAGCCAGUCUGACUCAGAUUCUUCUCAAAUCAGGGGUGACUUGUUUAUUGCCUUCAAUGCUGGAGGACAUUCAGAGGGUGUUAUUCUGCCUUCACCUUCAGAAGGGAUGGUGUGGCUUCGUUUGGUGGACACAGCCCUUCCAUUUCCAGGAUUUUUCUCAAAUGAUGGUGACCCUGUUCUUGAGCAGAUGCAAGGAUUGAUAGCUUAUGAAAUGAAGGCUCACAGUUGUGCUCUAUUUGAAGCUCGGAGUCUAGUUGGUUGAAAUUAAUAUAAAUAUAUAAGCAGUAUAGAAUUACAAUGAAGUAGGUUGUAUCUUGUAUGUGAGUUCCAAUGCUCUUCCAGUAUUAAAGAUUCCGUAGCCCUUGUUAAAAUCCCUUAUUUAUGUCAACAAAUUUUUUCUUUGUUGUUUCUCAAAACAAAAGGUCAUUAAAAAGAGCAUAAGAAAAGAAAAUGCCAAUGGGUUUGAUCAAGCAGCCAUGCCAGUGUAUAUCAUUGUGCUUAAAUUCUGACUGUUUUUUAUCGAUUAAAGAGAAUUCUUGAUUAAGACUUCCUCGA